CUGCGGGUGGAAACCGUGCCCGACCGGGAACUGGUAACCAUCGUUGAGGUUCUGUCGCCUACCAACAAAGCGCCGGGGCGGGAGCGGCUUCGCUAUGUCCGCAAGCGUGAGGUGAUAGUCGCCAGCGGAGCAAGCCUGGUGGAGAUCGACCUGCUGCGGCGCUGGGAACCGAUGCCGUUGGAGGUGCCGCCGCCGGCCAGCGACUACCGCGUCCUGGUGUGUCGUGGUUGGGAACGUCCCGACGCGUUGCUGUACCCAUUCUGGGUAAAGCAAGCCAUACCCAAGUUUGCCCUGCCACUGUUGCCGGAGGACGAAGUCGGCCCCGAAGUUGACCUGGGCUCGAUCAUCAAUGCCAUGCACCACACGGCGCGGUACGCCCAAGUGGCGCGGUACGACGAACCUCCGCCGGAACCGGCAUUUCCGCCGGAAGCGCAGGAGUGGGUCAGCGGACGGGGUAGCGGGACUGUCGUAGUCCUCAUGAUCGUUCCAUCUUCGGCUCGAUACGGCGCGCCGGCCGGGCUUUUCUUGACACUCAAACGGCCCGGCGAGUAG